AUGCCUGGAGAAGAACACCCGGGAAAGCACCAGAAAGGCGCAGAAUACGACAAGGCAGGGACCACAGACGUAGAUGUGACAGUGAAGACACCCCUAACUUUCUCAACCUUCUCGAGACCCUCAGAGACCUCAGCGCUUCUGCUCACCACUACCUCCACCAGCACAGCCACCACUACUCCCUCCAGCUCUGAGGUGGGAUCCUCCACCCCAGAGGAGAGGUCCAGCACCGCUGAUGUAACCUCACCUUACGCAUCCACGGAGCUCUCUUCCCCUGUCACUAACUCAACCCCAAGUCCAGAGGUUACCAUCAGCACCACCGCAGAUGAGCCAGCGACACCUCUUGUCUGCCCCAGCGCUGCAACUAACACCAAUGCAUCUCACCUCUUCCUGUCACUGCGCUUAACUGUUCCCCUGGACCUUGAAAACUCCAUGGCUCAGGAGCUGAUUUUGUCCAAGCUCCGUGGAGAUCUGCAGACUGCGUUCCCGUGCGCCGGCUUCACAGUGGCGUGGAGAGGGAAGAGGAGGACCUGAACGCUCUCCUCCCAGCCUGAGGACCUGCAGGGCAGGGACCUAAGUAAAUUUGCAAACCUUCUGUCAA